GUGAGCCAAGAUGGCGGCAUUCAGAGCGGGUCUCCUGACCCCAGCUCUUACUAAAGGAAAAUCUUCUUCAAUCUCUGCUAUUAUCCGCGGAGCGAGAGCAGCUUCUGGUUCUUCUAAGGACAGUCUGCCCGGUCCGUACCCCAAAACCGCAGAGGAGAAAGCAGCAGCGGCCAAGAAAUACAACAUGAGGCCUGAGGAUUAUCAGCCCUAUCCUGAUGAUGGCUGGGGGAGUGGCGAUUACCCCAUGCUGCCCAGCCGAUCACAGCACGAGAGAGACCCCUAUUAUCAGUGGGACCAUCCAGAUCUCAGGAGAAACUGGGGAGAACCGAUGCAUUAUCACUUCGACAUGUACAUCAGGAACCGGGUGGACACGUCUCCCACACCCCUGGACUGGCGCACCAUGAGACUGUGGCUGUUUGGGUUUCUGGGUCUCACCAUGUUCAUGUUUGGGAUGGGGGAGGUUUUACCCUCCUACCAACCCGUGGCAGCCAAACAGUAUCCCUACAACAACCUGUAUCUGGAGAGAGGAGGAGAUCCAGAGAAAGAGCCUGAGCCUGUCAAAAACUACGAGAUCUAGUGCUGCAAACCUCGCUCUUCUAUAACUUGUGUAUAUUUCUGUCUCUCUAAUAAAUCACAUUUGAUUGUCA